GGCGCUGGCUCUAAAAGUCUCCUAUGACAAUCGCAAGCUUCACACCGACGCGUCAUCUACGUCGGAUUUUAUUAGUUUUGUAAUUUUAUGUGAUUAUAAAAUUGUGAUAAGUGUAAUUUUUAUACACAUCUUGGUGAUAAUACUAGUUUUAAGAUUUGUUAUGUUAUUGUUGCACGAGGGAUUACAAAACGAGCUUACCCUGCCUGCAGUGCGUGCCAAGAGCCCCGAGUCCCAGCCAUUAGAUUGAGUGGAGUGUUCCCCGCCCACACGUAGCCCCGUACGCCGCCAAAAUUCCGCGCGACACAACGGACUCCUCCUCCAGCAUGGAACUGGAGAAAGCCCCCACGCCUCUCCACGAGGAAGACUCCAAAAUCACCCUCACUAUCAGACUGAUUAUGCAGGGGAAGGAAGUUGGCAGUAUUAUAGGCAAAAAAGGUGAAAUUGUGAAGAGAUUUAGGGAAGAGUCUGGAGCCAAAAUAAACAUAUCCGAUGGAUCAUGCCCGGAGCGAAUUGUUACCGUCACAGGCAACACAAGUGCUAUAUUCAAAGCCUUCACACUUAUCUGCAAAAAGUUUGAAGAGUGGUGCUCGCAGUUCAAUGAGGGAGGUGGCGGGGGCUCGCGCGCGCCCAUCACACUGCGGCUCAUCGUGCCCGCCUCACAGUGCGGCUCACUCAUUGGCAAGGGUGGCUCUAAGAUCAAAGAGAUACGUGACGUCACCGGAGCUAAUAUACAGGUAGCAAGUGAAAUGUUGCCGAACUCGACUGAGCGAGCUGUGACAAUCAGUGGAACCUGUGACGCUAUUACUCAGUGCAUUUAUCACAUCUGCUGUGUUAUGCUGGAGAGUCCACCAAAAGGUGCUACAAUACCGUACAGGCCGAAGCCGAAUGUGGCGGGUCCAGUUAUACUGGCGGGCGGACAGGCCUACACUAUACAGGGCAACUACGCCGUGCCCGCACAAGAUGCGGUGUGCGCACCGAUGUUCCCCCUGCUCGAGGUGAAGCCGCCCCUCGUGGGCGCGCUGCCGCCCCACCAUCUGCUACCGCCGCCGCUACACGAACACCACCUUAUCGGAGGGCUUGCUAAAUCACCGUUAGCCGGACUCGCGGCACUCGGUCUGGGCGGCUUGGGACCCGCUAAUACUAGUGGAUUGAACCCCGCAGCAUUAGCCGCUUUGGCGGGGUCUCAGCUGCGCACCGCCAACCAGGGCCGCAAUCAGCCCGCCACCAACCAGCAGUCGCACGAGAUGACUGUACCCAAUGAACUCAUCGGCUGCAUUAUUGGCAAGGGCGGUACUAAGAUAGCUGAGAUCCGUCAAAUCUCUGGCGCUAUGAUCCGGAUAUCUAACUGCGAGGAGCGCGAGGGCGGCAGCACGGACCGCACCAUCACCAUCACCGGCAACCCGGACUCUGUUGCUCUCGCGCAGUAUCUCAUCAACAUGAGGAUCACAAUGGAGACUGCGGGGCUGCCGCUGCCCGGGUACCACUACAUCGCUCCGAACCACAUUGUGAAGGCGCCGAUCCAUUGAAUGGGGCUCCGCGGGGGGGCCCCCGCCCCCCGCGCCCCGCACUGCGCCUACCUCUACCCGGCGCGCUACGGGACUCCGGCUCCGAUCUUCUAUUUCAAGUGAAAGGCCGCAGAAAAUAAGAGGGAAUGCGAUUGGCAAAUAACUGAACAUGUAUGUUUACAUUUGUUACGAGUUUAUAAGUAUUUUAGAUAUUCUUAUAUUUAUUCUCCACUAUUUAAAUGAAUAGAGUGAGAGGAGUCGAUCGCGCACUCGAUAAAGAGGGUGGUGAUAUAAUUUGUAAUGAAAAGAUUUUAGGAACGUUUAAAACUGAGAAUAAAGAUUUAAUGUGACUGACGUUUUAAAAAAUAAUUUUGAUCAGUCCGUGAACAGUGAACGCCAUAAUAGAAUCUUUUCAACGGAGGGUGGGAAGGUCUCUUCUUUCGUUCUACCCUCGUUCACUGUUCAUAGAUUAAAGAUUACGACAUCGGGAGUUAGUUGAGCUGAUCGAAUUUACUAUGGAUUUAAGCGGUCGUUUGAUUCAAUUAUAUCCGUUAAAAUUAUUUUUUAAUCAUGUAACGAUCGGUGCAGAGAUCGAGACGAAUGUGAACGUUCGAGAUAAGUUUUGUAGAGCGAAAACGGUGUAAAAUAGUCGUAGGGGACUGUCGAGCGAGCUCGGAAGCGCUGACGUAGCGUUUAGUAUUAGAUUAGCGAACAGAGUGAGAGGGUUAAAGACAAUAUUUGUAAAUAACUAUGGUAAUUACCUGGUAUUCAGUAAGCAGUCUUAUGCACUAGCCGGCUAGUGGAAACGGCGGGCGGCCCACGACUAGAACAUUUCCAAACACAUCAAAACAAAACCUAAGCAUAUCAAGACAUUGCAUCACAUCCAUAGUACGACCGCCCGCGCGGAGCUCGGCGACGCAGCGGGGCUCAGUGCAUAGGGCAUUUGGCAGUGCGAUGUCGCGCGACUGCACGAAACUGAUGGGAUCAAAUCCUUUAAGAAACUUACAUAAAACAAAGAGGA